CGGCAAGCGAAGAGUGUCGUCCGACUGAGAGCGCGUCUCCUUCUCCUCCUUCUUCAACUUCCACACCCUCCGAACCACACCAGCAGAAUGGAAGAACCCUGCUGACAGCAUCACGGAGAGACCCACGCUGAGACCGAGCAUGGCCGUUGACGCGGCGUCCAGCUUCAGCUUUUGCCGUGCCUCCCUGGAGCACACGCUUUCGGCUGAGGAGCUGAGCUACCAGCUGCCACGUCGCUCCGGAGGCAGCAACCUAACCUGGCAUGAUGGCCGCGGUCAAAAGACAGCACACACACGCACAGUCAAACUGCUGCAGCAGCCCGGCACAGAGGGCAUCCAGGAGAAACAAGCGCAAGGAAAUUUUACCUUUGCCGAGCAGACUCAAAGGCUCCAUCCAGGUGAAGCCUUCACUGUGUAUCACACAAGCCCGACGUUGUCCAGUCUGUCCAAACCUGUUGUGCUGUGGACUCAGCAGGACGUCUGCAAGUGGCUCAAGAAACACUGUCCUCACAAUUACCUGACCUAUGUCGAAGCCUUCUCCCAUCACGCCAUCACAGGACGAGCCUUGCUGCGUUUGAACGGGGAGAAGCUCCAGAGGAUGGGAAUUAUCCAGGACACGCUGAGAAAGGAAGUCCUCCAACAGGUCCUCCAGCUUCAGGUUCGAGAAGAGGUCCGCAACCUUCAGCUCCUCAGUCGGACCUCCUUUGGAAAUUUCUCUUAGCUCAUCGUGUGGUCCAUUUGGCAACCACAGAGAUGCUGCCUUCACAUUUGCGAUGGAGAAUCAAGACGAGGAAAAGCUUGUUGACAACACGCCAACCAAUCUCCGGGAUUCUCAUUCAACGCUGGUUCACCAGACCUCCGGAUAAGACACAAAGCCUCAUUGAACUUUACCGUAGCGAUAACAAGGUGAUCAUCUAGGUCUGAAACUGCUUUAGGUCUUAAUAGCAAUUCCAUCCUUGUAUAGGCUGUCACAUUUGAAUACAGGCUGUAUUGGGUACACCAGUUCAAAAUGAGAUCCAAUACAAGAGUUGGAUCAAAGCUUCUGCUUUAACAGCUAAUAAUUUGAGGGUGUCAAUUACAACUGAGCAUUAUUUGAAACGCAAAUGUCUACUUAAUCGUCAUGGCGGUGAGGUGAAGGUUGUAGUUGGUGAGUAUGUUUUUUUUUUUUAAUGGAUUUUAAGUUUUGUGUAUAUAUACGAAUCCAUCACUCGUGCGCAUUUUCCUCUCAGGAGUUGAGAUCGCUGGUGGAUGACUAAUAGCAGAUACAGUACUAUCAUCAGACGUUUUAUAUUGUGAUUGAAUUAGGGUAGAUUAAUUGUGCAGCCAGACAGCAUAUACAGUACAUUUGAGGAUUGUAAAAUAACAUGCAAUGUACUGGUAAGCAAGUGUAUUCUCACAGAAGCUUGGCGGGGAGGGGGGGGGGGGGGGGGGCAAAUCCCCAAGGACAUCCAAGUGUACUGUGAUGAUCUCGUUGUCUACGCUUGAUCAAGCAAUAAUUUAAAUGUAAUUACACCAUGAGGACGAGCUGUUAGAGCUAAGUAAGACAUAUUGAUAAGUGUUAUUUUGUCGUCUGUGCGCUGAGGAGAAUGCCAAUUAUGCUUUGCCCGUUACAGAGGCAGCAUUUAACUGCCUUGCACUGUUGUUCAGGAGCAUUAGUGGAAGUCGUCACCCUAACAAACAAUACAACAAAUCCCAAAAGUAUUUUAACACACCGCUAUCCCCAUGUGACAGUGUGAUUUCAAAAGCUACAAAAUGGUGUAAUACUGUGACAGCUACAGAUACCCAAGUUGAUUCGAGUGAGCGCGUUUGACGUCAGUGUUAGGCGCAGAUAUCUCUGUAAGCUGAUGAGGAUGCUAUAUUUGCAUACAUCAAGAGACAAAUUUCCAACAAAUAACACUGCAGACAACUUCCCUCCAUCUGGCGCUUCAGAGCCAGAUGCACCAAACUGCAAGAGACUGACUGUUAAAAGGGUGAUUACCUGCUGCGGGUUCGCUGAAGUACCUGAUCAUUGGUGUGUGUUUAGGUAUAGAAAAGAUAUAAGGAAAAUAAAAGAUUACUUUUUAAAAUAAACUACUUAAGUCAAAAGAA